UGUGCAUUUGCGUUUGUUCCCACGUCAGCCAAAGAGCCAAAAGCCGAGCCAAACCACAAGAAGGACAUCGCAAGCCCCCAGGUCAUAAUACACUACUAGAUAGGGUGAUAGGUACUGCUUGGAGGCAGCAUGUGAGCCUGUGCCUAUGACGCUGCAAAAACAACAGCGUCACAGACAAUCCCUGCGAGCAACCUUGAAACUACCCACCCAACCAUGACUUGGACGUACACCCUAGCAAGGAUUUUUGGGAGCUUUAUUGGUUACGUAUGUCCUGCGUACUACUCCUAUAAGGCGGUGAAAGAAAGGAAUGAGGAGGCUUUGGACUGGUGGUUGAUACAUUGGAUGGUCAUCAGCGCAUUUACCGUUUUUGAGAACAUCGGAGAUACGCUGUUAUUCUGGGUCCCACUUUACUUUGAGUUGAAGCUUAUGAUCAUAAUCUUGCUGGUGCUUCCAUGGACAAAUGGUUCAACGCUCAUCUACAAGCACAUCCUUCAACCGACAUUAACGCGCCAUGAACCCAACAUCGACAAUGCGUUGACGAGAGCGCAGAAAGCCACCGCGCGGUGGUUUGUGAAAUCUGGGGAAACAGCCUUCGCAAUGUUGCGGAACGCCGUGGUCGAGGCUUUGCUAACCGGACAAAGCGCUAUCACACUCCCAGGCAGACGGCUAUCGCGCUCCCUCGCCGCCGCCACCUCCCACCGCAAACCGAACCCCCGCAUCGUUGAGGUCACAUCCGACGACGACGACUACAAACCAUCCCCUACCGCUUCGCAUCUCUCCCCACCCGCAGUCACCCGCAGCCGCGCAUCCUCCUCCGAUCCAUCCACAUCACCGACGUCUGGCCGAUCGCCGAGGAAGAGAGCGGUAAGGACAUCGCAGGGCACGAAGGGUGGGAGUGUGCGCGUUACGAAAACCCGAAGGCCGUCGACUAUACAUGGUGCCCAGUGGCCGGUGCCGCCGGAUAAGAAGAGUGGUGGUGGGAAUAGAUCGGAUUGAAAGGUUGUCCGUCUUUUGAAUCCAAUACCAUCUUGUGCAUGGCGGUUGGCCUAUGUUUCGAACGAUGCCUACUCCACCAAGCCUUGUUAUCUUCCCAUGGUCAGCUGCAACCCAUUGAGCUGUAAUCUCGUCGCAUUUCUCAUAACAUUCAAAGCAA